UGCGGCAUUCGCCGAUCUGCAGAUUUGCAUGGCGAUUUAACACGUCGGUGUUUGCUCAUCAAGACGUUUUCCAUUGACCACUAUAGUGCUUUGUUUUGAGAGAUAGUUUGUUUGUCCGACUUCCGGUUAAUCUAAAUUUAUUCCCCAAUAAAUACCAUCGAUUUUUCCAUUAUUCGUAACAGGUCUCCUUGUCCUCAACCGGUAAGACAAUACGGUCUAUUCAGUCCACUGAAGAGGGAAACAUCUGUCCUUAACUGACUCAAAUCAACCACCGAGGCCCCGCCCUCAUCUGGCCCUUCACAGCAAUCAACGCAGCGGUGCUGGAUAAUUGCUGUCUGCAUUCUAAUCACCGCGCAAGCCGCUAAAUCCUGGUGCAUUUGAGGCCAACUGGCCAUUGGUCAAACAGAGACCGGAUCUUUUGUACGUACAAGCUGGCAUUGCUCUUGACAAUUGGCUUCCCUUCGGCUGAUUUUCAUCAUCGUAUCUCUCUCUGUCUCGCUCAUUCCACAUCUUCACCCACUCACUGCCUACAACUCGGCAUUUCUCACUCAUUUGCUCGAUGAACUGAAACUCCACUCGGAUUUCUCAUCACUCUCCUCGUACACGUCAGUUGUUGCCAGAAAGAUCACAGUGUCAAGAGGGGAAGCGGAAAGAGUCGAUUUUUUGCACUUUCCGCUGGUUUUUGUACGGACGCGCCUUUUUGUAUGAGUGCAGAGUCGGGUUGUGUAUGCGUAUCGUGACUGUUGACGGUUUGCCGGUUGGUGUGCGGUGGCGGUUCAAGAAGUUAUUUAUUGAUUUUUAUGAGAUCCGAUAAAAUCAUUUUUUAUCCUCUAUUUCCGGAAGUGCCCGUGCAACCGGUUGCCGGUUGCUUGUGUGUGCCUAACUAUAAACGCCGGUCUGCUAUAUUUUCCAUCCAUCAUCAAUGGCAAUCCAGUGAAUUCCGUUAGUGCACUUUGCUGUCGGGUGAGAUAUUUAUUAAUCCACUUGUGUGUGUGGAUUCCCGGAUUGGAGCGGUGAAUCGGAGCGGAGAGGAAAAAAGCAACACCAUUUACACUAGGACAACGGCAAAAUGAUCCCGACUCCAAGUGGCUUCCGGUUCAUGCUGCGCAUCAUAUUACUGCCGGCAGUAUGCCUGGUUACCUGGACAUCAGCAGGUCCAGUGCGCAUAUUUUCUUGUGGAAGGCUCUAUUAUCGAACAUUUUUCCUGGAUUCCCAUUCGAGCACCCUGUUUGUCGGUGGAAUGAACCACAUGUUCAAAUUGAAUUUGGACAACAUCAACGCAUCAUCCUGCCAUUCUCCCAAGUUCGAGCCUGAUUUUCGCCGACGCUGUGAAAAUAUAAUUGGCAAAUCAAAGCAUUUCCAUUGCCAAAACCACAUCCGCGUCAUCCAGCCAUUAGCCAAAGGUCAAUACUUGUAUGUCUGCGGCACCAAUGCCUACCGACCCAAAGACUGGAUAGCCCAUUCAGGAAAUUUAACCGAAGUGCAGGGCAUCAGCUUCCCCGGGAUCGGCGAUGGUAUUGCGAAAUGUCCCUUUGAUCCGGAAGAUAAUAGCACCGCCGUUUGGGUUGAGCACGGUAAUCCCGGCAACUAUCCGGCUUUGUAUUCGGGAACUGUGGCGGAUGUAAGCAGAGCUGAUCAUCUUAUCUUCCGAUCGGACUUGUACGAUUCCCGCUCAACACUAGCCCACUCGUAUUUACGCAGCAUCGAAUACGACACCAAAUGGCUUGACACUCCCCAGUUUGUUGGAUCGUACGAGAUCGAUGAAUAUGUCUAUUUCUUCUUCCGGGAAAAUGCGAUUGAAUAUACAAAUGCCGGAAAGAACGUCUACGCACGCGUUGCCCGCGUCUGCAAGCGAGACACCGGUGGCCGAAAUGUCCUGGAGCAGAACUGGUCCACUUAUACCAAGGCGCGGAUUAAUUGCAGCAUCCCAGGAGAGUAUCCCUAUUAUUUCAACCAGAUCCAGAGUAUUGUCAAGGCCGAUACGCCGCGCACAUCGGCCGUUACAUUCUACGCCACAUUUACCAGCUCAUUAAAUGGCGCCGCGGAUGCCGGGGGAUUUCAGGGGUCGGCCAUUUGUGCCUUUACACUGGAGGAUAUUGAGAAGGCCUUCAAUGGACGCUUUAAGGAGCAGGCUUCGGUUAGCGCCGCGUGGCUUCCGGUAUUGAAAUCCGAUGUACCGGAACCGCGACCCGGACGGUGUAUGGAGGACACCAAGAAUCUUCCCGACAGCGUCCUAACCUUUAUUAAGAAUCAUCCCAUUAUGGACGCAGCAGUAGCCCAUCAAUAUGGCCAGCCACUAUUUUACCAGCAUGGAUUAACGUUAACAAAGUUAGCCGUUGUUCAGACUAUUGCGGAAGGAUACGAAUACAGUGUAUUCUUCGCUGCAUCGAACACCGGUGUAGUACACAAAAUUAUCCACUGGUACGACUCCAUUAAGCAGUCCGUGGAAUCCCGUCUGCUGGACGUUUGGGUUACGCUGGAAGGUGAAGCCAUUCGCGCCAUGACGGUGUCCAAUGAGCACCGGUCGGUGUAUGCAUCCACCGAUACCAAAGUGGCCCAGUUCUCCUUCGCCAGCUGCCACAAUCACCGGCAUUGUUCGUCGUGCGUACGGGAUCCGUUCUGUGUUUGGAGUAGGGAAAACAGCAAAUGCGAAGAAAUUGCCUCAAUAAGCGAAUCUUUGAAGUGGCGUCCUGAUCCCAAUUUUCUUCAGGACGUUAGACAGGAGCGCGUUCUGGUUUGCGAUGAGUGCGUGAAGUGGCAGAACACCAGUGCAUUACUAGGGCAGACAGUGUUUCUCCCUUGCCGAUAUCAAACAUCAUAUUCGCCCGAAAAAGCGAAAGAUGUAUUUUGGGUUCACAAUAAAGCCCGUUUGGACAAGGAGCUGCGAAAACACCGAUUACAUCGCACGGAAGAGGGAUUACUGCUGACAGAAAUAAGACCAUCCGAUGCCGGUUCUUAUGAAAUGUACAGUGGACACGAUGUUGUGUGCAGAUUCAGUUUGGGCGUCGAUCAAGAGAGCUGUCAAACACCGAGGAGCGAAGCAGAAUAUAAGAAGGUCUACCGAGACUGGUGUGAUGAAUUCCAAAAGUAUAAAAAGCAUAUGCAAGCGUGGCAGAAAAGCAAAGAGGCCUGCAUGAAGCAGCACAUAAAUGCCGUAUGAUCGUGCCCUUUGUGUUCGCUCAUUCCAGUCUGCAGUUGGGAUCUGCAUGCUCGUUCGUGAUCUUUCUUUCGUGAUAAUCUGUGAUUUUGAUGGAAAGUAUGGAGAAUAACGAAUUUCGCACUAAUAAAAACCAAAAUGGAAGGACCAAAGUUUUUGGAUUAACCGUGCACACGGUUGUGCCGGCAGUUGCUUGACUCGGAUCUUUGUAAGCGCGGAGAAAUCUGGUUCUUCAACUGGUGCAUUGUAAAUGCAUGCGCUGCUUUACAUUUUGCUCGAGAAUUGAUGAAUUGCAACUCAGAUUUUUGGCGGUUUUUGUCCAGUUUAAUAAUCAAACUUUGCGAUUUUUAAAGAAUUUUUGUUGAGAAGUAUGUUAGCUGUGUCGUUUUCUGACGCCACCGGGAACCGGUCACCGGUAUUUUGGUUGUUAUAAUAACUUACAAUUUAGUAU